UCCCUACGGAGACUCCAAAAUCCAAAACUAAACCCAAAGUCAAAAACCUUUGCUUUCUUAUCUCUCUCUAUCUUUACUUUCAGCUACCUCAACCUAAUCCAUGGCGUCCGCUUUCCUCACUAUCCCCAAACCCUUCCUAUGCAACCCCAACCCCAACUCUUCUUCCCUCUCUAACCACAAGCUUCUUCCAGGCAUGCGAAGAAACUCACUCAGAGUGUGUGCCAUUUCGAAGACAUGGGAACCUACAAAGGUUGUUCCACAAGCUGAUAGAGUCCUUGUUCGUCUUGAGGAGCUUCCUGAGAAAUCAGCUGGUGGAGUUCUACUGCCCAAAUCAGCUGUCAAAUUUGAGCGUUAUCUUAUGGGUGAAGUCCUUUCUGUUGGUAGUGACGUUGGGGAAGUGAAAGCUGGUUUGAAGGUUCUUUUCUCAGACAUAAAUGCUUUUGAGGUGGAUUUGGGAUCAAACUCAAAGCAUUGUUUCUGCAAAGAGAGUGACUUACUGGCUGUGGUUGAAUAGGGUUAUGAGGCCAUGUUAAAAAAUUUAUAUGCUUUCUUUCUUGUGAACUUCGUAGAAGUAGAGCUAGUCAAAUGAAACCAGUUCAGUUCUUCAGGUUUCAUUUCAUGGACGAAUUUGUAGUAUUUAUUUUUGUAAACCGUUAUUGUAUUUGCUUUGGCCUUGAAUUGAAUGGUCAAAAGAAAGAUUUUGGAAGGUAUAAUAAUGAAAAACUCUAUGUUUUGAGUAAAAA